GCUGCUGAUAGAUACUUUCAUUCACUCGAAAGUAUGAUGUCUGAGAAAAAAAGUGUAUUUACAGACGUUUUGAUAAGCAUCUUGAACUUAAAACAGACGGUAAUACUAGUAUAUCAGAGCCUUAUCAACAAUAAAUAAGUAGUAUAAAUUAUAAUAUGUCAUAACGUACACUUCUUUGAAAUCAGAAUUUUUUGGAGCAUCAAAUUUCUUGGUAAUCAGUGAUAAAAAUGCUACAAAAAUCCACAACUAAUGCACAGCUACCGAUAAUAGCUCAUGUUCUCUAUGCCAAUCGUGCAAUUUAGUCCGCACUUAUUUUACGUGAAUGCUAGUGUUAUGUUAGGUGACUCGUAACGAAAGAAGAAGAAAAUGCCGUUUACGCAUUUUAUCAUUUUAAUUUCAUUGUUUUUAAGAAUAACUGGGAUUAUUCUUAAAGACGGCGGUUAUGAAGAUAUUUUUGUUUUAAUACAUGAGAGUAAUGAUGAAAGAGACGAAUUGUUACAAGCAAUUAAGAACGUGAUAACAAACGCCUCACAACUGUUGUUUAAAGCCACUCACAAUCAGAUCUACUUUAGAAAGAUAAAAAUAAUUAUACCAAAGACAUGGUCACGACAAUCAACGUACAAGCAGCUCCCCACACCUCCACUGAAAGACUCCUUUUUCUCAGUAGACAAAAAUGGCGACAAAGCACCGCAGGCUAAAGGACACUUCUUAUGUGGGAAGGCCGGCCAGUUUAUACAUUUAUCCGAUAAGUUUCUGAUGGCGAAAGGAAGAUCUGCUUGGGGCCUUCAUGGUAUGAUUGCAAGUUAACAAAAUAAUGCACUCAAGCUCCGGUAUAAUUCAACACGUUUUUAUAAUGGUGAAGUUGGAAGCCUAACAGCCUAGCAGCCUGAAGUUGGCAGCCUAGCAGCCUGGCAACCUAACAGCCUAAAGAAAACUAAGAAUAGUACAAACGUGAAAUCGUCGGAAAAACAUAAGUAGCACUUUUUUUUAGAUCAUUCCACG